UUGGAGGCAACUCUGGUCAUUAAAUACAUUUUUUGUUGUUGUGUAUGUUUUUGCUCAAAAUAAAAUAAGAAAAUCAGAAAAACAAUAAGAAAAAUUUCUAAAAAUACAGUUUUGAUGAGUAUACAAUAGAGGAACGCUAAAUUGUAUAAAAUUUUUGUAGUGUUGCAAAAGUGUAAACAAUUAAAACCGGCAAAAUUUACUCACGCAGGCGGUUCCGUAGAAUAUUGAUAAUGACACUGGUUGGAUUGGCGGCACGCAAACUUUCGAUCAAAAAACGCAAUGCCAAGUUAGCAGCAGCUUUUCCGAAUGGCGUACGUUGUCAGAAGUGUUUGGAAUUUGGCCAUUGGUCUUACGAGUGCAAAGAAAAACGUAAAUUUGUACAUCGCACUUCACGUACGAAGCAGUUGAACAAAAAGAUGCAGGAAAAAUCAGCUCAACAACAGAGCAAUGGUGCUGUCAAUACAGAAACGGGAGUCGUGUCUGUAAAGAAGAAACAAAAACGCAGACGUUCAACAUCAGGCUCUUCGAGUGGAUCUUCGUCAAGUUCCGAUAGCGAAUCAGAUUCAUCUUCUGAUGAUUCGGGAUCUUCAGAUACUGGAUCAUCAUCUGACUCCAGUUCAUCGUCGGACAGUGAAUCUGACAGCUCAAGUGAUACCGAUGGCUCCGAAUCUUCUUCCUCGGGCAGUUCUUCGAGCAGCUCCGACGAGGAAGAUGAUACAGCACCACCAAAGAAUAAAAAAUCAAAGCAACAAACAUCCGAUAGCUCUUCAGAUUCUUCAGAAAAUGAACAGGACAUAUAAAAGGGUGCAGGAAAGAUAGACAACAAAAUAAAAUGGUAGAAAUAGAAAUUAGUUUAAGCCAAGAGAGUUAAAUAUGUAUGAAUAUGAUCAGUACAGGGAUUGUUGGUGUAGCCAAAAUACAUCAGCACUCAAUACAGACGACUCUUUUUGGAAAUAUUAGAAGCUUUAGUAGAUUAGGUUACUUUUUCAAGACGUUUUAAAAUACAUAUUAUUUCUUCACCUACAAAAACAAAUAUAAUAAUAAUCAAUUCCUGUUUAUUGACAUAAACCUACAACGCAAUUAGGGAAUUUUUAAAAUGAAAAAAAAACAACAAAAAAGCAAUCAUCACCUAAAGUACCUUGAAAUAAUAGCAAUGGUUUCAUUUUUAUACACACUCAACCAUCAACCCAAUUGAAAUAUUAAUCAUCCAGCCCAUCAACUCAGGAUUCCAUAUUUAAAUUUGGUUUAAGGUUGUUUUAUUUCAGUUUUCUUUUAUGUCUCCUCGCUAUUGGUUUUGUCGUGCAUUUCUUUUUAGCAGUGAAGACUGCUUCUUAAGUUAAAAGACUAUAAUUAAAUAUUUCUUAAAUUAUCCAAAACUUUGUAUAUGAAUUGACUUUUUUCGACAGUUUCUUUUAUUUAAUUUAUUAUUACUAUUAUUACAAAAUUAGUCUAUUUUAUGAAUUUGUUUAAUAAAUUACAUGUAUGUGCCCUUUUUGAACUUUGGUAAUAUGUAUAUUAAUUUUAGUUUAAUUAAUAAUAAAUGUACAAUGUAUUUAAUCAAAAAAUAUAA